ACAACCACAGAGGCAGAUCAAGGAACAAUCACAGAGGUCUCACACAUACACACACACCUCGCAGAGAUGAGCAGCACGACAGUGCUGUUCUCGCCGAGCUCCUCCCUGUUCCUCACCAAACCUUCUCCCCUCACCAAGAGCAGGGCGGCGGCGGCUGUGAGGUGCAGCAAUGAGCCAGCCCUUUCAGUGUCGCGUGAGGAGGAGGGAGUAGAAAUGAUGGGGAGGAGGCGUUCAUUGAUUUCUGCAGCUGCAGCUGCCUGUGGAGCUUCAGUGCUUGGGUUUGCAGGCCAUGGCCUGGCCGCCACUCAGGGCCUGCUGGCAGGGAGGAUCCCAGGCUUAUCAGAACCUGAUGAGAAUGACAGGCUGGAGAACAUACCGUAGGCCAGAUGACAAGUCCGGCGGCCAUGGAGUCGGCUGGAGCCCCAUCAUCCCCUACAGCUUCAAAGUUCCUGAGGGCUGGGACGAGGUCCCUGUGUCAAUUGCUGAUCUCGGUGGCACAGAGAUCGACCUGCGCUUUGCAAACCCAAAGGAGGGCCGGUUGUUCGUCGUCGUAGCUCCAGUUCGCAGAUUUGCAGAUGAUCUUGAUGAUGCGACCAUCGAGAAGAUCGGCAACCCUGACAAAGUGAUCAGUGCCUUCGGCCCAGAGGUCAUCGGAGAGAAUGUAGAAGGGAAGGUCUUGUCCUCAGCGACAGCAGAGCAUUCAGGAAGAACUUACUACCAGUUUGAGCUGGAGCCGCCCCAUGUGUUCAUUACAGCCACUGCAGCUGGGAACAGACUCUACCUGUUCAGCGUAACUGCAAACGGUCUGCAAUGGAAGAGGCAUUACAAGGAUCUGAAACAAAUAGCAGAAUCAUUUCGAGUCGUGUAGGGUUUCAACUACUUCUUUUUACAGUGCCUGUCUUUUGUUAAUAUGAUUAGAGGACAUGAGGGAUGCUACUAUUUAGAGAGGCAAAGUGAGCAUCAGCUUCGAUUAUCACUAAAAACUAGAAAGCUGAAGCAGUUAAACAGUAUGUGUAAACUUGUUCUUUAAAUGCCAGAUGCUUGUCACUACAGAAUUUUUCUGAUAAUGCCUCCAGGGCUACAGAUCCUUGCAAAUGCA